AUGUUGUCAGUGGGGACAUUGAUAUGGAUUUCGCUUCGACCAUUGAUACGGCUAGUUAUUUGCGGUGGAUGUGGUUUUGCUAUCACAAAAGCGGACAUUUUCCCACCCAUAGCAGCGCGGGGGGCGGGACAAAUUAUGUUGAACAUCGCACUACCUUGUUUGAUGUUUUCGAAGAUCGUCCCUGCUUUUACUUCCGAGAACAUUGGCGCUCUAGGUCCGCUGGUUCUCGUUGCGGUAUUGUACGAAGCCAUAGGCAUAGUCAUUGCGUGGAUCAUAAAGCAGGUGUACUGGACGCCUCAUCGUUUCCGGUACGGCAUACUGGUUGCCGGCGGGUGGGGAAAUUACGGAGACAUACCCACCUCCGUCCUCAUGAGCAUCACCGGCGCCGCUCCGUUCAACGGCUCCAGCGAUCAGACUCUGUCCGUCGCAUAUGUCUCCGCCUUCAUUCUCGUCUUUAUGGUGACGCUAUUCCCGUGUGGAGGCCAUAGCUGGGUCGCAAAAGACUACGUUGGCCCUGAAGUCGAGGACGAGGAAGUCAAAGAAGUGUUGCGGAGGAAACACAGGAAGUGGGCUUCAGCGAUCCUUCACCCAUUAGCGAAAUUCAGUCCUGGCCUUUCACUCUCACGCGCCCCGUCUUGCGAAGAAGGCGCUAGCAAUGUCAACGAGAAGAUUCAAGAACCUUGCACAACGACGCUCGAAGCCCCGACUGUGUGCGGCGCCCGUUCGAAGAAACAUGUCUCGUUCUUCGAGGAUGCGACGACAGUGGUAACUGAGCCCAUCAAGUCUGCUGUCAGCUCUCCGGGCCCCUCCCGCUUAACUUCGCCUGCCCCCACCGUGGUAGCCAACUUCGAGUCGGCAGAGGGAGGGCAGCCAACUAGCGCUGCUGACACGCACUCUAUCACUCGGUACAGGCGACGGAACAUCGUGUACGCUAAGCUUGUGGCCGUCCUUCGAACCCUAUGCACCCCAGCUUCCAUUGCUAUCAUCAUUGCAUUUCCUAUCGCCGUGGUGCCCCAGCUGAAAGCAUUGUUCGUAGACGUCCCUGGUACACAUAUCCCACCCGCCCCCGAUGGUCAGCCUCCUCUGGCCUUUAUCAUCGACACCGCUACGUUCAUCGGCGCCGCAUCUGUCCCCCUGGGCCUGAUCUGUCUCGGUUCGGCUCUGGCGAGGCUCAAAAUCCCAAAGAACCAAUGGCGGACUCUGCCUAUAGGCGCUAUCGCUUGGCUGGCCAUCGGCAAACUUAUCGUCAUGCCCGUGCUCGGUGUGCUGAUAUGCCAAGGUCUCGUCAGUGCAGGCGUCAUUAGAGAGGAAGAUAAGGUGUUACGUUUCGUGUGCAUCUUCUUCUCGUGCCUGCCCACAGCGACGACGCAGGUCUUUCUGACGCAAGUAUACAGUGGGACAGGGUCGGCAGAGCAUCUCUCAGCCUUCCUCAUCCCUCAGUACAUCAUCAUGUUUUUGUCCAUCACGGCACUGACAGCCUACACCCUUCAAAUGCUGUUUUGA